AUGUCGAAGAGGACAAAGCAACCACUAAUUCACCGGUUUUUCGGACCGUCAUCAGCAAGGUAAGCAUUAAUAGAUUAGUGUAUUACACGAGUACGCUUAAUUCUAGCAAGCAGACAGUGGUGAUUUCUCGAGAGUUGCUUCAUGAAUCGAUUUAAAACUGAAAUAUCAUAAGUUUACAUUCUAAAUAUUCUUCUCUAGAUCGGAGACCAGCGAAGAUAAUGAGUCUUUUGACCAAUCAUCUAAUUCUUCCAGCAGUUUGAAUGAGAGCUCGAGUAGUGCAAAGAGGAUUUGUUGCUCUAGCGAUGCCGGUAAGAACAUUUUCCAUAACAAAAAAUACUACAAGCUAUCAAUUUGGGACUUGUCAACACUUUUUUUUAUUUUGUGUUUACAGAGACCGAAAAAGUGACCCAAACCGGUAGAGGCAGUGAAGAUUUGCCAGUGACCGUCGCUCGACAAAAUGAGACAACUCUAUCUUCUUCAAAGCAAGGUAUUUCAUUUUUGAAAUUAGUGAUAUAAAUCAGAAAGCUUAAGCUUCUAUAUGACAUAAAAUGGAAAACGUCAUUGCCAUCAUCAAAGCUCGGACACAAUGUUAGGUGCAAAGCAGUGCUUCAGUUGUUAACUUCACUGACUCAUGCUUUUUAAAGCAGAAUUCUGUUCUCUAUGUGACAAUCCAGAGUAACCAAGAAAAAUUUGUAAACAUGCAGGUGUGUCGAGUCACGAUCAUUAUCAGUUUGAUGCGGCUUUGUUGGAGACCUUGCCGGCGGAAUGAAUAAAAUGAACAAUGUAAACAAGGUCCAUUAUUAUGUCUGAGUUGGGCUUUUCCAAUAUUUUUUCUCAGGUGCUACCAUGAUGAGUCUUCCUCGCGAAGUCCUUUUGGAAAUAUCAAAGUGGCUCUCAUUGGAAGAACGCAUGAUAUACCUUGCACCAGUCUGCAGAUAUCUUUAUGAUGUCAUGCAUGAUUCUAGUCUUUGGAGAACUGUUUAUUCAAACGCUGAAUUUACGCUUCAUUCGUUUAAUUCGUUAUUUAGACACGAUAGGGAUUUACGGCAUCUAGGCUUUAGACAUUCGCAAAGACCUCUAACUUUUAUUACUGACCCUUUUUUUAUUGAACAAAAAUUAAUGAAUUGUUGCAACUUAAUAUCUUUGGAUCUUGCAUACAAUACGUCGAUUUCUUCUUUACACUUUGUGAGACAUAUGCCUACUUUUAAGGGAACUUGAUAUAACAAGUUGCCAAAAUAUUACAUUAGAAAGUCUAGUAACUUCCCUUUACAAAAAAAAAAGUACACUGGAAAUAUUAAGAAUGCCUAAUUGUUUUCAAGUAGGCGGAAUUUCCUUAGUGUCUGUAGUAAAAUCCUUACCUGACAUUAAAAUUAUCGACGCUGGUGGAUGUGAAACAAUAUCCGAAAAUCAAGCUCGAGAUAUUUUGCAGAAUUGCCAACUCUCCGAAUUUUCUUUUUCCCUAACUGGGAUCACCCAAAUUUGUGGGAACGACUUUUCACUGAUUUUAAACAUGUCAAGUUGGGUUAUUUAUCUCUUUAAACUAGAAGUCCACAGAAAUAUUUUGCAAGUCAAACACCCUGGCUUUCUGUGCAAGGAAAAAGAACAUUAGUUGUAUUGUAAAAAAUUGUGCGAUUUCUGUUACCUGUCCUGUUCUAAACGUAUGUCAAAACGGUAUUAAAAGAAUUUUAAAAAGGUAGUACAAUGGCAAUUUGCUUUCAUUGCAGCGUCACAGACUGAUAAAGAUGGAGAUGAUCCUGUUUGUUAUGGUUCGGUUCAUGACGUUGAUGUUGGUGCUCUUUUUCGUCAGAAAACAGCUUUUAAGUCUCUAAAUCAAGCUGAGAAACUGAACAUCAUAAAUAACCAUUUUCGACCAGGAGAGAAUUAUGCUUUCCUAAAGUGUUUAUGAAUGGUUGUAAUCGGUCUUUCCAAAUAUCCUGGCAGCAACGUUAUCCUUGGCUCGUUUACAGCAAGGAAUGUGACGGUGGUUUCUGUCUCCCAUGCGUUUUAUUUGCCAUACGCGAAAGCUUAGGUACCUUAGUAACCACUCCGUUCAAUCGGUGGACAAAAGUAAGUAAAGUGUGUGGCGAACAUGAGAAACAUCGUUACCACAUCGAUGCCAUGGUUGCAUACGAUAAUUUUCUCUCGACAAGUCGGAAUCCGCAAAAAAAACAUCCAAGUUCAAAUUGAAAGCGAACGCGGGCGCACGAUUAACAGAAACAGAGAAAUUGUGAAAAGUGUUGCAAAGUGCGUCCAUUUUUGCGGCAAACAGUGCAUUGCAUUGAGAGGCCAUAGAGAUGACAGCACUGCCGAUCAAAAUGGAAACAGGGGCAACUUUCUAGCUUUGCUGGAAUUACGUGUUGACUCAGGCGAUGAAGUUUUAAAGAACCACCUAGCGACCUGCCGCGCGAAUGCACGAUAUUCUAGUAAAACAAUACAGAAUCAACUCAUAAUGCUAAUCGGAGACCACAUAAGGGAGUCGAUAAUUCAAGAAAUCAAAGAAGCAAAAGUACUUCUCAAUUCUUUGCGAUGAAGUCACUGACAAUGCUAAUCUCGAACAGUUGUCUUUGGUUUUACGGUUUGUCGACAAAGAGUGCAUGAUCCGCGAAGAGUUUGUAGACUUUCGAUGCACCGAUCGAAUAACUGGUCAAGUCAUUUCUUCCUUGAUCUUGGAGAAGUUGGACCAGUGGGGUCUGGACAUUUCAAACUGCCGAGGCCAAGGCUACGAUGGUGCUUCGAAUAUGUCUGCACAAGCGAGGGGAGUGCAAGGCUUAAUAGCACAGAAAAACCCCAAGGCCCUGUAUGUGCACUGCAAUUCCCAUGUACUGAAUCUCGUUAUAGUAAAAGCAUGUAGCUUACCAUCAGUUCGCAACAUGGCUGGCACUAUAACGGAGAUUUCACAAUUUUUCAAUUAUUCUCCAAAGCGGCAGAGGUGCUUGGAGAAAGUAAUCAGCGCUGAUCAGCCGGAUUCGCAGAGAACUAAGAUCCGUGACCUCUGCCGUACUCGUUGGGUUGAACGUCACGAGGCAUACGAAACGUUCGCGCUGUUACUUCCGUCGAUUGUUAAAACCUUUGAGGUUAUUUUGGACGAACAGCAACACAAACAAUACAGUACCGAAACCCCUUGGAACUGGGACAGAGAGACUCUCCAGAAGGCAAAUGGCUUCUACCACACAUGUUGUUCUUUCCAGUUUCUCAUCGCGUUAAUAGUCACCAUGAAAACUUUGGCAGUCAUUAAACCGAUUAGCAUUAAACUGCAAAAGAAGUCUAAUGACAUCGUGAAGGCAUACUGUAUGAUAUCAGAUACCGAGAAAGAGUUGAAGGAAAAGAGAGACGAGGCUGAAGCUGUGUUCAAAAGAUGGUACUCUAAUGCUGUCGAGCUCAGUUCAGACCUAGGUACCGAGCCCAGCGUUCCGAGAACAGCCUCAAGACAGCAGCACCGGGCAAAUGCACCCCAUGACACUCCUGAGGAAUAUUACCGUCGCAAUCUGUUUGUUCCUUUUCUUGACCAUAUUACACAAGAGAUGUCUUCAAGGUAAUAUGUUUUUAUCAGGUCUUCUUGACAUUUUAGCUACGUUGUUUGCAAAAUAACACGACCUUCAGGACGAGUUUCCCUUUAAAGUGAUCAGAUUCCAUAGCUGUUCCCUUACUCUUCUCUAGUUAUAACAGUCACACUACACAAAGUACAACAGAGUACAAAUACGCAAAUUCUGAUCAGUGGUUAUAUUUUGAAUUGUUCUAGAUUUGGUAAUACUCAGAAGACUGCUGUGCAGUUACUGGGUCUAGUUCCAAGCAUCACCGUGUCACACACAGAUGCAAACAUUGAUGCGGUUUCAGAGAUGUACCGCUCAGACCUGCCAAACCCUCAAACUCUGGAUGUCGAGUACCAUCGAUGGACGAGAAAGUGGCAGUCAGAGAGAAGCCAACCAGACGCACUUCAACCUGCAUUAGAGGUACAGAACUUAAUGUUUUUUUGUUUUUUAAUGUUCGCCUUUCAAAUUAAACUGAACUAUUUCUUUUUUGUUAUCUUAGGUCUGUGACGCAGACAUUUUCCCCAACAUCCACUGUUUGCUGCGCAUUGCAUGCACUAUUCCAGUGACUUCAGCUGACAACGAGCGAGCAAACAGUACCUUAAAGCUGGUUAAAGGCUACCUGCGGACCACCAUGACGACAGAAAGAUUGUCUGGCUUGGCGCUCAUGAAUAUUCACCACAAGAAACCCGUGGAUUAUGAUGCUGUAGUCCAGAAAUUUGUAGAACAGCAACCCCGGAGAAUGUUGCUGGCUGAUCUCAUUUUUGAGGAAUCAUGA